AAAGUGAUGUCUGUUUGGCGCAUGUUUAAUGUCAUACCGGUGGUUUGUCCUGAUUUUCUGGUCCUUUUUGACAUGGAGUGGAGGCUUUUGUGAAUAUUGUCCUGCACGCAUAGUGGAUCUGAGUGAGCCAAACUCUUUAUCUUCACUAAGAAACUGUUCAAAAGUCGAAGGGACACUUAUUAUACAAAAUCUAAACGAUGCUUGCUGCCAUAAGAAUGAUUGUAGUUUGCCAAGUCUGGUGGAAAUCACCGGUCGGUUGAUAAUAGAAAAUGGUAAUUGUUCCGGGGAUUUGUCUACAUUUCUUCCAAAUCUCACUAUCAUACGAAAUCCGACCACUAUAUCUGCUGAACCAAGCUUAAAAUUCCGCCAAAUAUCAGAUUACAGUUUGAUUAUCAGACAUACGAAGUUAAAAGGCCUAGGAUUACGGAAGCUUACUACUUUAAAAUCUAAUCACAUUGCACUGAUCGAUAAUCCUUUUAUGUGUUUUGUGGAUACUGUGGACUGGGAUGCUCUCACAAGCAGUUUUCAUUAUGGACUGGCGAGUUCAUAUCGUCCAGGAAAACAAAAUCUCGCGCGAUUUAAUCUAGGUGACUUUUGUCCUGACCAAUGCCCAAUAAACUGUUCACUUUAUCGGAAUGACUCAGCACGUCUCUCUUGCUGGUCUACGGAUUUUUGUCAGGCAAAAUGUAGUUCUUUCUGCACAAAUAAUGGAUUAACAUGUCAUCUAGAUAACCCACAGAAAUGCUGUCAUCAAGAGUGUUCUGGCGGUUGUUUUGGUCCGUCGGCGAAUAAUUGUUUAACCUGUAAACAUGUUAAAAUUAAUGGAACUUGUCUGAGUCAUUGUCCGAAACCAUUUUAUUUGUUGAAUAAUCUUUAUUGUAUAACACGUGAAGAAUGCAUUAAUCGUCAAGAGGUGGUAAUACAAAAUGGCAAUGAACAUUAUUCAAUGAAUUAUUCUAUUUUCAAUACAACUUGUGUUUCCAAAUGUCCAUUGGGAUAUGUACGUUCAACUUCUUCUGGAGAGUGUUUACUCUGUCCUGAAUCGAAAUGUGCUAAACGAGCUUGUGGUGAUAUACAUGUGUAUAAAGUUUCAGAUCUUAAACAAGUACAUGGAUGUGUAACAGCUCAAUCGAUUCUAAUCAGUCUUCGUGAUUGUGAAGAUAUACAUAAUUCCGAAUUUAUGGAUGCAUUUUCUGAUCUUGAAGAGAUUUAUACCAGUCUACAUGUGAUCAGUUCUGAUUCCCUACAAUCGUUAGCUUUUCUUCAAUCAUUACGAGUUAUACAUGGAUUACAACGGGAUAGAAAUAUAUCCAGUGGUUCAACAACAACUGUUCUAGAAAUCGCUUGGAAUAGUCAACUUAAAGACCUCUGGACACCGAUAUCUUCACAUUUAACUAUUCUACACGGAAGAGUAGUAGUUACAUUAAAUCGUAAUUUAUGCCCAGAAAAAAUUCAACAAUUUAUACGCACUAGCGUUAACUUAUCGCGUAACUUAACAACCUUAGAAUCUGAUCUUAUUGAAAAGUCGAAUGGAGCUAUUGGCUUGUGUCGAACCCAUAAACUUAACCUAUCCAUUAAUUAUGUACAUCAGCGUUCUGUAUCAUUCAUUAUCGUCAGUAGUAGUACACCAAGUUGGAAUGAUUUUCGUCAAGUUCUACCGACAACAGUUUAUUAUAGAGAUAUGGAUGAAUUUGAACCAGUCGUUGAAACAGUUUGUUAUAAAUCAUGGCAUAUACAUGAACCGAAAUGUCAAAAAAUAAUUGAAUCCGAGUCAAAAUUGAAUCUGUUCAAUGAUGAAAUAAAAUCUACGCAUAUAAGACUUCAAUGUGAAAUAAAACAUUUAAAACCUGCUCGACAUUAUCAAGCCUAUGUCGAGAUACGUACAAUGUUCAACUCUGAAGGUGCAAUCAGUCAAGUAUUCACCUUUCAGACGAAACAAGACAAACCGAGUAGUCCAACGGAUUUCUAUGCUUAUCCGCUGAGUUCAAAUGAAAUACAACUACACUGGAAUAGUCCAGAUAAUCCAAAUGGUCAAAUAGUUGAAUAUCAUAUUUGGUAUAAACGUUUAUCAUUGAAUACUUCAUCAUUUAUUGGAGAUGAUCAUCAUAACAAUAAUAAUAAUAAUAAUAACAGUAAUGAUAAUGAUAACGAUUAUGAUACUUCGACUUGUACUGACGGUCGUUCUUCUUUACAAUUUGUCAGUUUAUCAUCAACUACUAGUCAUACAAACAGAAUAACAACCAAUAAUGAUAAUCUCUUGGAGAAGACAACAACUUCAAUAACCAGUGAUUCCCUGAUGAAAAUUCCAAGUGAACUAUGCUCUUGUACUAGUUGUGCUGACCUAUGCUUUAAUCCUGCAGUAGUGCAUUUAACCAAUACAAACGAAAAUGAUGCUGUCGGUGAUACUGAUAAUAACACAACAGCAACAGCAGCGACAACAACAACAAAACGAAUUGAUGUAAUACAAAAAUUAUUUAGGCAAAAAACAAUCAAUAAUAAAAAUAAUAAAGCCUAUGAUGAAGAUUAUCAGAAGAUAACUCGAUGGGAACGUCUUGAUAUGAUACGUUUUGAAGAUUCUUUACAAAAUUUAUUAUUAUUUUCAAGAAUUAAACCACUUGUAAACAGUCGAGGGAAGAGAAGUCCAGGAGGUGAAUAUACAAACUCUUUGUAUUCAUCGAAAACACUUACGCAUAAUUCAUAUUAUCAUCAACAUAAAUGGGAUAAUCAUCGAUUAAUUAAAGUGGAUUCAGUGAAUUCGAAAAAUUCUACAUCAUUGAAAAAUGCUAUGACUAUAUCUAUUGAUAAAUUGCAUCAUUACACUGAAUAUUUAUUUGUUAUUUCUGCUUGUCAUACACCGCAUGAUGCUUACGGUGUACCAUUACAAACUGUAAGUGGGAAAAUUUAUGAAACUGUUAGUAAUGCUUCAUCAGCUUCUGAUGACGACUCAAUCGUCGAAAUGCCAUGGUGUAGUUCACGUAGUGUUGUCUGGCAACGAACUGAAGCAUCAAUCGGUGUUGAUGAUAUUGACCCUAGUUCUAUUGAAACAUUUGAUGAAAGUAUUGAUAUGAAUAGUUGUCGUCUAUCUGUGCUCUCCGCCGCCGCCUCCUCCUCGUCGUCGACUCCAUCAUCAUCAUCAGCAGUAUCCAGUCUGUGUGAUAAAUUAUUCAAUAAUAAAAGUGAGGCUGAUACGAAUUCUACAACAAACAGUGAGCAACAACUAUCCAAGUUUACAGUUAUCCGAUUGAAAUGGUUACCUCCAUCAACACCGAAUGGUUUAACGCUACACUAUUGGCUACGCUAUAGACGAUUGAAAGAAAGUGAAGCGAAAUUCGAUAAACAAUCAUUACAAAAUCCACUUAGUGAGGAAGGAACUUGGUCUUCACUAUGCAUUAAAGCAAAAAAUAUACCUAAACUAUUAGGCUAUUCUAAUUCAACUCUACUGUCUAAACUCAAUUCUACAAUGAAUCAUUUUGUCUCUAUACAAUUAUAUGAUCUACGUCCGGGUGUAUAUGAAUUUCAAAUUAUGAGUGUUUCAUUAGCUGGAAAUGGUUCAUGGACGCCUGUUAAACAGUUUGAAGUUUCAGAUACACGUGUUCACUCUAUAUGGGAGUUUUUAGAAGAACAUUAUUACAUCGUGAUUAUAACAUUUCUAUUCAAUUUCAUUGUGCUCGGAUUGGGAGCAUUUUAUAUACAACGAAGAAUUUCACGGAAACGAUUAGAAAAUCAAUCAUGGAAAGAUGAACAAUGGGAGUUAUUAAGUCUUGGCAUUUCGAACUAUUGGAUGAUUCCUAUGAAUGAUUUAGUGAUCGAUAUCAAUUCCCCGUUAGGUCGUGGUUCAUUCGGUAUGGUUUACAAAGGAAAGAUUAUGCGUUUGUCGACACCAGCUAGUCAACAUUUAUUUCUCAAUUGUAAUACAAAUACAAAAGAUGUAACACUGAGUUCGAAGUGUAUUAUGUCAUGGGGAUCUAUUGGUUUGGAAGUAGCUGUAAAAACUAUGUUCCCAGCAUCAAAUAUGAAUGAUAUACGGGAAUUCUUCAAUGAGGCGUCUUUUAUGAAAGAAUUGUCGUGCAAGUAUAUUGUGCAGUUUUUAGGAAUCACAUUUAGACAGUUAUCAAGUUAUCCAGUAAUUGUAAUGGAAUAUAUGGCGUUCGGUGAUUUGGCGACGUAUUUACGUCAAAGAAUGUCAAAAGAUGAUUGUCCUCAAGGGUCAGUUGAACCACAACUAGCCAUAAAUUGGGCUAAUCAAUUAGCUAAUGGUAUGCAUUACCUCUCCGAGUUGCAUAUUAUCCACCGUGAUUUAGCUGCACGCAAUUGUCUGGUGAAUUCUACACUAACAGUGAAAAUUGCAGAUUUCGGUUUAGCCCGUCGUGGUAAUAAUGAAGAAUACUAUAGAAAAAUUGGACAAGCUCGACUACCUGUAAGAUGGAUGGCACCAGAAUCUUUGUCUUCUGCUUAUUUCACUAGUAAAUCUGAUGUUUGGUCUUAUGGUGUUGUGCUAUGGGAGAUAGCUACAUUCGCCUCAUUACCAUAUCCUGGUUUAUCACAUGAAGAAGUUAUGAAUUAUGUGAUUAACGGUGGACACUUAAAUCUACCUGAUUGUCCAAGUAAAUUUCCAGCUGUACUAUUAACACUAAUGAAUAUGUGUUGGGAAAUGGAAGCAGCUAAAAGGCCAACAUUUAAUGAGAUCUUAUCCAAUCUAAAGCCAUUCAUAUCUGUUUAA